UCAAUUUGGAAGCAACAGCCAAGGCUUUUUUUCCAUUGAGGUGCUCUUUUUGGGCUCCCCAAACAGAAAAUUAGAAAUUCACACAUAUAGGUCAAGACAUAGAUAAAUACUACAUGGUGGGGAAUGGAAAUAAUAGAAGGAAUUAAAAGAGGAACAUGAAAAGGGUCUCUGAAUCUAAUCUAUUUCUUCUUCUCCUUUCCCCUUUGUAAUCGACUUUCAUGCUCAGAAGCGUUUCGUUUGUCCUCUAAAACCCACAUACCAUCAACCAAACUCCUAAAGUGAUAUCCAGAAGAGUGAGAGAAUGGUUACUGGGUGGAGAAGAGCGUUCUGCACAUCCAUCCCCAAAGACAGAGAACCCAAAGUGUUAACAGAGAAACAACAACAACAACCACAACAACAGCAUUGCGAGAACACCACCACCACCACCACCAACAACAACAACAAUAAUCACAGUUCCAAGUUUGGAUUUUUCUCCAACCCAUCAAGACCCCGGUGCGAGUCUCAGCCUUCAUCAACCCCUAGCCUUCGAUGUCAAACCACAUGCUCAGUCCCAAACAGCCCAAAACUUCAAUGCAAAACAAAAACUCCAAGGUUGUUCCAUAACUCCAAUCCCUCAUCCCCCAAGUCACCUUCCAGCUUCUCACUUCUCAAAUCCACCCUACGCAUAUCCAAAAGUCGAUGUGGAAUCUGUAUGCAGAGCGUGAGGAGUGGGCAAGGAACUGCAAUAUUCACAGCGGAAUGCUCUCACACGUUUCACUUCCCUUGCAUAGUGAAGAAGCACCCGAUCGUCACGUGCCCCGUGUGCAACACAAGCUGGAAGGAGCUUCCUGUGCUCUCCAUCAACCACAACAACGACAAGUGCGACAAGAGAGGAUUCAAGGUCUACAACGACGACGAGCCUCUCAUGUCUCCAACUUCACUCUCUCGCUUCAAUCCUAUUCCCGAGUCCGAAAACGAAGACGAAGACGAAGAUGAUAACAUUAACACGGAGUUUAAGGGCUUUAAUGUCAAUCCACUUUCCAAUUUACCGUCCUCUCCGGCAAUUAGGAGGAACCUCGAGCUAUCGUUGAUGCCGGAGGUGGCCAUUGUCGCCGCCAACCGAAACUACGAGAGUUACGUCGUCGUUUUGAAGCUGAAGCCGCCGCACCUGACCAAACCGGCGCGUCGAGCUCCAAUUGAUCUCGUUGCCGUGCUCGACGUCGGCGGAGCCAUGUCCGGCAACAAGCUCCGCCUCAUGAAAAACUCCAUGCGGCAAGUGAUCUCAUCGCUCCGUCCAACCGAUCGUCUUUCUAUCGUCGCAUUCUCCGCCGGAUCCAAGCGGCUGCUUCCGCUGCGGCGUAUGACCGGCGGAGGCCAGCGGUCAGCGCGUCGGAUCGUCGACGCCCUCGCUGCGAUUGACCGAACACGAGAAGGAACUCCGGUGAAGAAUGAUGCUGUGAAAAAAGCCGCGAAAGUUCUCGAGGACCGCCGCGAGAAGAACGUCGUCGCGAGCAUUGUAGUCCUCUCCGAUAUCAACGACUCGCGCGCCGGGAUCAGUAUCCACAAACCCUCGCUCGUUUCCACCACACGCCUUACUCACCUUGAAGUGCCUGUCCACGCGGUGCGGCUGGGAGAGUCUCCCCACGCGCUUUCCGACGACGCGCUCGCGAAAUUCGUGGGAGGUUUGUUGAACGUGGUGGCUCAGGACGUUAGGAUUCAGUUAGAGGUGGUGUCUCGAUCACGCGCCGUGGAGAUCGCGGGCGUGUACUCAUUUUCGGGUCGACCCGUUCCACUCGGGUCGUCGGGUUGGAUCCGACUCGGCGACCUCUACGUCGAAGAAGAGAUAGAAUUGCUCGUGGAGCUCAAGGUACCUGCAGCUUCCGCUGGGUCCCACCACGUUCUGACCGUACGAUCUUCCUAUCGGGACCCUCUCACUCGAGAGCCUUUAAAUCCCGUUGAGCAGGCAAUGCUCGUUCCCCGUCCCCACGCCGUACGAUCAUCGUGCGCCAGGAUCGAACGCUUGCGGAACUUCCACGUCACCGCACGAGCCGUCGCUGAGUCUAGCCGGCUCGCGGAACACAAUGAUCUCACUGGAGCUCAUCAGUUGCUCUCCUCGGCUCGCGCGCUUCUCUUGCAGUCAAGUGAGCCGGAUGAGGAGUUUCUCCGCUGGCUCGAAGCCGAACAAGCCGAGCUUCAACGGCGCAGGCAAAGGCAAACACUGAGAAACAGUCGCGUUGAAGAGAAGGCUGAGCCGCUUACGCCGACUUCGGCUUGGCGAGCCGCUGAGAGGUUGGCUAAAGUGGCUAUCAUGAGAAAGUCUAUGAACAGAGUUAGUGACUUGCAUGGAUUUGAGAAUGCCAGAUUUUAGUUGUAAUUUUUUUUUUUUUUUUGAAAUGUAUUAUUGUGCAUAGAUUAAAAAAGAAAAUAUUAAAUAGAAAAUUGAUUUUUAGAAAAUGAUCAUGAGCCAGGGAAUGAUAAUCGGGACAAGGGGUACUAGACGGUUAGAACCUUUCUGGGAAAGAAAGGAAGCGAUAGUGAUAGCAAAGUGAACCCACAUGAGUUGAUUGGGCAGUGUGGCUGUUUCUUC